CAAGAGAUUAUGACUCAAAAGUUGAAACAUCAAUACUCUAUAAGAUCCAUGCUUGGUUUUAUCAAUAUACUGCAUACACACACAUACAAAAAAAAAUCAAAGGAACCAUCCUUAUCAUCUCUCUCUCUCUCUCUCGAUGAUACACAGACAACAACACAAAGCUCACAUCAAAUAUGAAAACCCUUCAUCUCUACAACACCAUCUCUCAAAUACACGCACACUUUCACCGCCAAGCAACCCCUUCUCUUCAAAACAUCUGACCGGCGACACCGGCGGAGCUCCGACCGGAGCACGGCGGACCGGCGGUGGUUCUUCUCAAAGAUCCGACACUCACAACCACACCAGUGAACCCUCGCACCAACCCCCUUCCUCUUCGAGCUGUGCGACGGCCGACCGCCACCACCACUGUUUGGUGAUGGCAUGAUGACGCAGACAGAAUGAGAGAGACCGAGAAGAGAGAGAGAGAGCAAGGAUGACAGAGAAGAAGCGGCGCCGCCGCUCACGGCGGCGGCAGUGGCGGUGUGGCGAUGGUUCGGGCCUUUGGUCCGACAUGUAUUCCGUGGUUGCGCGACGUGAUGGCAGGGGUGGUGGUAUUCACAGUCAGAUCUGUUCGGGUCGGGUAUAGCGAAACGGCCCGACUCGGGUCAACUUCGGGGUGCUUCGGGUUGGUUUCGGUUGAGAUGAAACAAAGCCAGGAUGUUCGGUUCCGAAUGGAAGUUGGUGUUGGUAAUUUACCGUUAUGGUUCGGGUUUCGGUUCGACAGUCAAAGUCGGUCAAAGCGACCAACGGUAGUUUCGGCGGGUCCAGUUCAGUCAGAUUUGUCAGCUUCAGAAGCGGUUCGGGUUGACUCGGUCAACUCAGUGAGUCGACCCGGUCAACUCAGCGAGUCAAACCUGGUCAAUUCGGUUGACCCGGUCAACUCAGUCAAACGGUUCGAUGUUUCGACACGCGAAGACUCGGUAAAGAAUUUAGGACGCGAACAUUAAUUUCGUUAACUAUUCCUUAUUUUAAUAAUACGUGAUAACGAGCUCGAACCGACAUUAUUAUAGUUUACAUUUUAUGAAAUUUUUGGCAAAUUGAUAUAUUGGUAAUUGAAUC